UACUACUUGGCACCGUGCGGAACCGUGAAUGCUCCGGGUUUUUCAGUGUGUGCUCAGAUUCGGACGCGUUCUGUUCGUUUGUACGCUUGUGCGGCCUUUCGCGUACGCGCUUUUGCUCCCUUUUCACCACCGUCCUUGGGCGCGUUAGUGCUAAGUGCGUGCGUGUGUUGUGACAAACAUUUCGCCUUACUCGGUAUCACUCGGUAUCGAAUGAGUUGUUGUUUGUGCUAGUGCUCGUGUGUGAACGUAAAAGUGUACUCCAGCGUCUACUAGGAUGAUGAUCGGUCUGGUGUCACCGCGUCGACGAUAGCGCCCCCGAAGCGGUUGGUCCCCGUCCGCACCGGUUGGCUGUACGAGUCGUUCAGUCGCGUGCAAGCGGACGCCGCCACGGAUCUACGGGUGCACGCCGGCUGGCCGAAGGCGUUGUCGUCCCACUACGGCUACGGUCUGGCCAAGGGUGACGACUACAUCGACCGCCGCCACCACCAUCACCCCGACGACGACGACGACGACGAGGAAGAAGAAGCAGAAGAAGAAGAGGAAGAGGAAGAAGAGGAAGACACCGGUAGCUGCGAACGGUUGCACCGGGUGGGCGGAGAGCUCGACGGUGGCGACAGUACCACCGCCACCGACGGUCGCAACUACGGUGAGCUUACCGAGCUACGCCCUACCGGCAUCAUCCGGGGGCCUUCGCGGCGUGGCCAGCAUCCACCACUGCCGCCACCACCGGCCUACCAUAAUCUGCACCAUCCGCCACCGUCGUACGGUCGGCAGCAGCAGCAGCUGCAGCAACAAACGCAACACCACCACCAAGCAGCCCCUCAUCACUACAGGGUGACAUUCGACGAACGACCUGCCCAGGCGCCGCACCCGCUCGAGAUGGAAUCGGUCGGGCACCACGUGGCGGUACCGUUGCGCGUCGGCGGCAAGAAGAUGCGCAAGCGGCGCGAACUGGACGCCCUCGUCGCACACUCGCUGGCGAAGGGUGCGAAGGGUGGUGGCCGUCAUGCGGCCAGCAACGGUGUAGCCUCGCACGAUCAGCUGCUAUCGAACUCGACGGAUGAACAGGAAGAUUACUCAUGGCAACCGAAAGUGCGCACACAGUCCCGGUGCCGGACGAAACGGUUCUCCUGCCUGCGUACCUGCGGUCCGCUGCUGUUCGUGUCCUGCAUCUUCACGCAGUAUCGCAUCCGCAUCGAGCAAGUUUCAGCAACUAGUCAAAAUGUUCCCGAAGCGCUACAGAAAUGGCACGAAACGUCGAAAAACUUGGAACAAAACCAAACCGCCCUCAACGGGAAGCUGCGAGAUAUGCAGCAAGUACUCACCAACUUCUUUACCGAGCUCAAACAACUGCGGGAAACGAUCGACAAGAAGAAUGAAAACUCCCAAGAGGCACAGCUCAACCGGCUGCAGUCCAGCGUGGCCGAUCUGGGGUCGAACAUUGGCGAUUCCAACUCCCGCAUCGGGCUGCUCGAGACGCGCUUCGACACGAUACAGGCGGAACAGAAGCAGCUAAACAAAACGCUCGACGAUUUGCAGAAACUAUUCGGACGCAUCCAGAACAGCACCGCCGUGUCGGACAUUAUCGGAGGGGACGGUGUGGCGAAGGGGAUGCAAAAAACGAUAGCCGAACUGCGAGACCAGCUGACCGGGCAGCUGAACAAUCUCGCCCAGAACGUGACCGGCGAGCUGCAGGUGCUGAAGCAGAAAAAUCUCUGGCUCGAGUCGGACCUGAGCAAUCAGACGAAGCGCAUCGAGCAGCUGUUCGACAACACGGUCAACAUUUCCUCGCACGUCCUCUCGGUCGAGGCGGUGUGGCUCGAGGUGCGCAACAACAUUAGCGGGCUCGAGGCGGACCGGAAGAUCAUCAACGAGCAGCUCGGCGCGCUGGCGAACGUUACGACCGGGCUGCACGGUACGAUCGAGAAGGUGCAGGAAGAGUGCCAGCAGUACCACAGCAAGCUGGACGAGGUGCGAGGGAAGCUCGGCGAGCUGCAGGACCAGAUACAGCAGAACGCGGCACGGAAGGAGGUGUCGCUGCACCGGCCCGGUGAAGCGAACGGUACGCAACAGGCCAGUAAGGAGGACGGUAUGCCCCCGGUGCUGUCGCAAUUCUUCAACGAACAGCAAACGGUCGCCAGCACGGUAAGCGCACGCAUCGCACCGAAACCGACGGCCGCACCAUCAUCACUGUCCGCUAGCACAACCACCAUUACCACCGCUUCCUCCCUGGCCAAGCUGCUGUAUCCGGGUACGCUGGUACAACAGUUGCCACAGUCCACGACUCCGCAACCCUCCUCCGCCGCCGCCGCCGGUCAGCCAGCCAGCGUAGCCAAAGCACCCGCUGCCGACGCAAGUGGAGCGGCCAACACGGCAAGCAGCAGCAGCAGCAGCAGCAGCAAACAGCAGGCGGGCGGGCUGUUCGAUUCCGUAAUGUAAGCGCGGAAAGGUUUUAUUUUCCGGAUGAACACGAAAAGGAAUUUAAAUGGCUUCGGUGUGGCUUACGAUGUUUUUUCGGACGCUUUUCGAUGAUACAGUUAAAUCACAAUAACAGCCAGGUAUGAGCCUCCCCAACAAGAAACAAACAUGUUUCAGUUGCGGACAGCCGGACAAGGUAAACCAAAGUUUUAAUUAAAGGCGUGUUUUCGGAGCGAAUGUAAGGGGAGAAAGAGAAAUGACAGAACGACAGGGAAAAUGAAGACGAAUGUGACGAAAUGGCAGCAUGGAAAGAUGGAACGCGCGCGAAAUAAUGAUAGAGUAAGUGCAAACGAACGUAGAGAGAAAGGGGAAUGUGUCGACGUGUCUGUGUGUGUGUGAUUGAAAGAGAGAUACCCGGAAAGGCAGCUCGGAAGGAAACGAAAAGGAUGAACAGAACAGUUGAGCAAAUGGCAGAGCAGCAAUGAGCAAUUACUGAAGACGGGCUGGCAAUUGAACACGAUUUUGGGUUUCGAUUUAAACAUUUUGCACUAAUUAGAAACACAUGUGUAGAGAAAAAGAAACACACAGACACGUUCACAUUCACAGGCCAGAAUGCAGAUUCUUUACAAAGCAUGGUUAAGUUUUGAUAAGCAAGUAGCAACUAUCAAAUCAAAAGAUGAAAGAGAGAUAAGGAUCCAUUGUGGAGUGGAUAUCAAAGAAGACUAAACACACUCCAUUGAUCCAAAGCAGCAAACAAAACACAUCGAACCACGAGGUCGUCACAGACAUUUAGCAGAAGCGUAGCAGAUGCACCUUACGUCUUCGUAUCAAAACUCGGAUUCAGUUUCUAAUGCAAAACAAAAUCAACCAAACACGCAUCUCUUACUCAGCAGUAGCUUUCACACUUACUUAGAAAUUACACUAGCAAGAAGAGAGAAAAAGAAAAAUGAAAUACCAUACCACAGCGCAUAGUUUUUAGUUUGUUGUGUGGCACAUACAGCAUGCGAGAGAAGCGAUUGUUCCCUAGAAGCGCGUUGAUGCCCCGUCAUGUAGGACAGAAAAGAUGGUAUGUUUAACGAAAUCCCAAGCCAAAUUAACACACACGCGGUGAAACAUCAUACUUUCAGUACCUUACAAACAAACAAAAUUAUACAUUUUAAAACCAAAUGACAAAAAAAAAGAAAGGAUUAAUCGUCGGGGAAGAAGUGAACCGUUGGCAUCCCAGACAGAUUUAUAUGCGAGGCUUCUAUAUUCCUGUUUCCUGGGGAAGAGUACCGAAGAACGCCAACAAUCGAUACACUGGUCGAUUGGGAAACACGGUGCGAGAAAAGGAGUCGAAAAAGGUCAGCAAAAGGGAAAAUGAUACUGAUCGGUCAGUUUGUUUGUUUUUCAAGAUGGACGGUUUUUGUGCAUGAACGUGAUACGAAUGAUAGGCUCACACUAUCACUCAUUUGGAAGCGCAAAAAUCGCGCCCUCCUCGCGGUUGUGUGUUUUUUUUAAUUUUAAUGUUAAAUAAUGCUUUCGAACGUUUUGGUUUUGUGACGCUUUCGAUGCGGUUUAGUUUUUUAGUAUUAAGAUGAGAUUUUUUUUUCGUUUGCUCCGUUAUAUACUUGCCUUAAUCAAACCAAAACUUUGCUUUUCUCCUGCUGUGUACAGAUAUUUCUUGUUUAUAAUAUUCGUUACACCGUCAUCCUCCACGCACGCAUUUAGACGCAUUACAAUACACACCCGUUUAGCGAGGAUUGAUAAGAGGAUGCUUGUAUGUUGGAUUGUUGGAACAGGGGAAGGAGGGUGCAAACCAAUGCAAACCGGAGGAGGGUAGAGAAGGUAGAAAGCGGGGGAAAAUGUUGAAUUAGAUGUUUGCAUUUUUAUCUAUUCUUUCUUCGUUCUGUUACGUUACACUCGGGAACAGUGAGACAAGGAAAACAGGGGACAAACGGGGCAGAGAAGAACUAUUUUGUUUGAUAAAGAUGCGUUUUUGUGUGUGUGUACCUUUAUGCUAAGAAGAACUCCCGAUAGUUGUACGAACGUACUUAAUUUUGAUUUAAACUGAUAUUAAUUUGUUUAAGACUGUCUAUUAUUUGUACCAUACCGAUGAAGAAAGAGGGGACUUAUGUGUAGAAAUAGUGCAUACUUCAGAUGCUGCUUUUAUUUUCUUUCUAUAUUUUUUACACUCUUUAAAAAGCAAACAACCAUGAAGUAGUGAAGGAGAGGUUAAAACGAGAUUCAAUCAACAAUAGUUUCAACAGGCGAACAUGAUACGCGUAAUAGUCGUACAUGCACAGAAUGGUUCGGUCGAAAAGAAUACCAAAAUGUUACGAUAAGAAGUAAGAAGGAGAGAGAGAGAGAGAGAAACAACUCACAAAAGCAAAGUCUUUAUGAAAAAUCAUCACACAAAUAAAAAAAAAUGUCAUGGUACAGCUAGGACAGACUCCAGCAGAGAUUGAAUUGCUCCCUAAUAAAUCCUUUCGAAUUUAAAACGCA